CAGGUUGCCGCUUUGGAUGGGGACUGGUGGGCGGAUGUUGUGGACAUGACGGUCCAGCGAGGGAUUGACCACGAACUUGUGUGUAAGAUAAAAGAUGACCUGGUCAGAACAUCGACUACCGAGGCCACCAUUGCUGAUUCGUGA